AAUUGUACAUGACAAUUUUAUUAAAUACGAGCAUCUUACUCUUACGAUUUAUCCAGCUGUGAAAAUCUAAAAUUGCGUCUAAUUUUAUUUUACAAGAACAUAAAGUAAAUAUAACGUAAAUUGAUUCACAAGUUUUAAAUCGUAAUAUAAUCGAUAGAAGUUAAAAUGGCUUACGCCUACUUGUUUAAAUACAUCAUCAUUGGAGAUACAGGUGUGGGCAAGUCUUGUCUGCUACUUCAGUUUACAGACAAGAGGUUCCAGCCUGUUCAUGAUUUAACUAUUGGUGUUGAAUUUGGAGCUCGUAUGAUUACUAUUGAUGGCAAACAAAUCAAACUGCAGAUAUGGGAUACUGCUGGCCAAGAAGCAUUCAGAUCAAUCACUCGUUCUUACUACAGAGGUGCUGCAGGCGCUCUUUUAGUAUAUGAUAUUACUCGGCGAGAGACAUUCAAUCAUCUUACCACCUGGCUUGAAGAUGCACGCCAACAUUCCAACUCUAAUAUGGUUAUUAUGCUUAUUGGAAAUAAGAGUGAUCUAGAAUCACGGCGCGAAGUAAAGAAAGAGGAAGGUGAGGCCUUCGCUCGUGAACAUGGACUUGUGUUUAUGGAGACUUCUGCGAAAACUGCAGCUAACGUUGAGGAGGCUUUCAUCAACACUGCUAAAGAGAUCUACGAAAAGAUCCAGGAGGGUGUUUUCGACAUUAACAACGAGGCGAACGGUAUCAAGAUUGGGCCCCAGCACUCGACAGCGGGAGGGGCGAAGGCAGGAGGCGCGGGAGCGGGGGGUGCGGCCGGGGGUGGAUGCUGUUAGGUGCUCGGUUGCACACACUGAGCGGGCUUCUAGGAAAGGUGCAGAUGUGUGCAAUAUAAACGGAUAUGGAACUUACUGCAUGCCGGAUUAAAUUAAUUUUAUAAGCUACAAUAGGUUGCAUUCAAAUGUCUAGGGUGGACUCUGGUCAGUCUACACUAGCAUUUUUAUAUUAUUCUUAUAUCUUACCUUUCAUAGGUAAAUAUAAAGUACUGUAUUACCGUUUGCUGCUUGUUAUAAUGAUAUUAAAUGUUAUAUUUCAAAUACACUAUAUGUUGGUUUGUAACAGGGCUUACAUAUUAUUGGACUGUCAUGGUUUGAAGCUUUCCAACCUUAUUAUUAUAAUGAGCAGUGCACUGUCAUUAUUUUUCAUCGGGAUGGCCUUGAGCAUAUGUAUGAUUUACUUUCAUAACCUUAGCGUGAAUCAAUUAUGAGCAAAUUUAUAUGGAGUAAUUCCAACAUAUGGUUUCAGGCAGUCCCGUUUAAAAAUUAUGAACUUUAGGAAUUAUGUUAUUAGUACGGCAGUAAAGUUAUCUUCUCAAAUCUUUAAAUUAGACCUAAGUCAACCAUUUAUAGAGAUUGGAUUAUGGCUCGAGUCUGCAAUUACCUUGAGGUCAAUAUGCACGUAUGACCCAUUUGACUAACAAAUAACUUUGACUUUAGUUCACACUCAUUGACAAAUGACAUUUUUCAUACAAAAUUUUGUCAACUUUUUAGAGCUUGGAGUUUCUCCCUGUCUUACUGUUAAAUUUAGUACAAUUCGAGCUACAGACGUGGCAAAAAGUUGGCAUGUAAUUCUUUUAACCAAAUUGUUGAGACUGUCAGUUACAAAGUCACAGAUAUCAUUUUAAAUCAGUUCUAAAGCCCAUGAAGUAUAGCAUUGGUAUGUAAAUGUUUGAUGUUAGCUUAUGUGUUGUAUUGUGUUGCUAUGACGCAUUUACAUUAAUACAUUUUUUAUUGAACAACUAAAUUUUACCGCUAUACUCUUUAUGGUUCUUUUUAUUUCUUGACUUAUUACAAUCGCUUUGAGCGCAUCUCAUAUUAACCAAUCACUUUAAAUAAAUUGCUAAUUUGUGAUUUAUGUGAAAUUAUUUAAUUUAGUGUGUUUAUUUAUGGUCGCUACAAUAAAUAAUAAUACACUAUAAUUGAUAUAAUUUCUUUCA